GGCCAAAUGACGUCACAUAGUUCGUCAACCGGCGCGCCUCGCGUAGGAAACCGGGUGUUUCGUGACGGUUAACCGGCGGAACUUUUCUUCACGUUGUCAGUCUUAUUCCCGCAUUGCCAACAUGGCCUCAGAUGACAUCGCUCAGCUGGCUGAUGCACUUUCAAAAACCCACGUUGGGGAUGGAGAGUUGAGCUAUAAAGGAUGCGGUCUGAAGCUUGACACGGUGGAAUCAGUGGAGGAGCUUGUCCGUGACAUAGAGCAGUACCAGGAUCUGAGAGCUCUGCGUCUGGAGGGAAACACCGUGGGAGUGGAGGCAGCUCAAGCCAUCGCUAAAGCUCUAGAGAGCAAAAGCCUGCUCCAGAGAUGUUACUGGAGUGACAUGUUCACUGGGAGGCUGCGCUCUGAAAUCCCCACAGCCCUGAGGUCCCUGGGCAGUGCGUUGAUGAGCGCCGGUGCCAGGCUGACCGAACUGGACCUGAGUGAUAACGCCUUCGGGCCAGAUGGCGUCAAGGCAAUUGAGCGGCUGUUGACGAGCCCCUCCUGCCACACUUUAAGGGAACUUCGGCUCAAUAACUGUGGUAUGGGCGUCGGUGGAGGAAAGAUCCUGGCUGAAGCUCUGAUGGAGUGCCACAGACAGUCGUCAGCUGCCGGAGCUCCGCUCAGAGUGAGAGUGUUCGUCGCGGGGAGGAACCGCCUGGAGAACGAAGGAGCCCGUGCCCUGGCUAGGGCCUUUCAGCUUAUGGGGAGCCUGGAGGAGGUUCACAUGCCCCAGAAUGGAAUAAACCAUGUAGGCGUGGUGGCGCUGGCCUCAGCCAUGAGACACAACCCAGAGCUUAGAAUCCUCAACUUCAAUGAUAACACCUUCACCAAGAGGGGAACGCUGGCCAUGGCGCAGGCCCUGAGGCACCUCAGGAAUGUCCAGGUGAUCAACUUUGGUGAUUGUCUGGUCCGGUCGGAGGGAGCUAUCGCCCUCGCUGCAGUCCUGAGAGAAGGACUGCCCAUCCUUAAGGAGCUCAACCUGUCGUUCGGUGAGAUCACAGAGCCGGCCGCAGUUGUGGUGGCUCAGGCCGUCAUGGACAAACCUAACAUGGAAAGAGUGGAUCUUAAUGGUAACUGUCUGGGUGAGGAGGGCUGCGAAGCUUUGAGGGAGGUUAUGGAGAACAUGGAGAAAGCAGAUAUUCUGGCAUCACUCAGCGAGGACGAGGGAGAACCUGAUGAAGAUGAGGACAGUGAUAACGACGACGAUGCCAGCGAUGAGUCUGAGGAGGAGAACGAGGAGUACUGCGGAACAACGAUGGAAGACGCUUUGAAGAGGGAAGACAGUCCCGAAAAACCUGAAAUCCAUGCAGAGAUCUCGACUUUCCUGCGCUGCCCCUCCACAGAAACGCUCCUUCAACUGACAGAGAUGAAGACGGUCCUUCAACAACAGGUUAACGCAUCCAAGCCCGACCUGGCUGCCGACCUCCUUUUGACCAUCGGCUCCCUGUACGACAAUCCAGAGGCCAAGGCAGCAGCUUUAGAAGCAUUUGACGCUGUUCUGGAGAAGCUGCUCUCUGGCUCUGCCCUCCGCUCAUACGGCUUCCUUUCCUCCCUGCUGGUCAUGAUGGGACUCCUUAAGGGGGAGGGGAAAGUGAAAAAGGUGUCUGUGGUCCCAGGCCAACUGUUGUGUUUGGAACAUGCCGUCCAGCAGGACUACUUCCUUCAGCACCAUGCCUCACUGCUUCACAGCUUCUUUUCCAGGCGUGCAGACGGGGAGAGCCAGGGAGGUGGAGGUGACAGCCCCCCAAAGAGGGAGCUGUUCCGUGUCCAGAGUUUGUUUUGGAUGAGAGCAACGGGGCCAGUAAGGACGCGCAGCUGGACGGAACCACAGCCGAACCACGACGAAUAUAGGCUUCGCACCUUCUCCAGUCAGAUGCUGCUGCUCUCCGUGCUGCUCCUCUGCAUGCCUGCAGCUCGCGCGGCCAAGUGUCCACAGCAGUGCGUCUGUGACCAGAUCCAGCUCACCGUGGCCUGCGUCAACAAGAACCUGACCCAAGUGCCUCCCACUGUGGAUGAGAUCACAGUGAAGCUGGAUCUUCGAGGAAAUGACAUUCAGGAGAUUCCCACCGGGGCUUUCAAACACACUCCCUAUUUGACGCACCUGUCGCUGCAGAGGUCGAACAUCGGCAGAGUGAAGGAGGGGGCCUUCCGCAGCCUCGGCCGCCUCGUCUUCCUCAACCUGGCAAACAACAAAAUUGAUAUCCUCUACCAGGAGUCGUUCAAUGGCCUGUCAUCGCUGAAGCAGCUCAUCAUUGACCACAAUCGCGUGGAAGAGAUCCAGCCCGGGGCCUUCUCCCAACUGGGCUUCCUCAACCUCCUCUCCAUCACGCACAACCAGCUGGUCUACAUCCCCAACAUGGCUUUCCAGGGUUUACAGAACAUCAAGUGGCUUCGCCUUAGUCAUAACUCCCUAAACUACCUGGACAUUGAGGCCUUUGCCGGUCUGUUCACGCUCACCAGACUCAGUCUGGACCACAACGAGUUGCAGUUCUUCCCCACUGAAACUAUGACGAGACUGUCAAGCGUGACUCGUCUCGAUCUCAGCUAUAACCCCAUGACAUAUCUGGGAGAAGAUGCCGUUUCCAUGGCCAAACUCAGCCACCUGUUCCUGGACCACAUGUCCCUGCAGGAUCUGGCCAACACAGCUGUAUCUAAAUGUCCCAACUUGGUCCUCCUGGACAUCAGCCAUAACCAGCUGCGUGUCAUUCAGCCCUUUUCUGGAGGCACACCCAAGCUGGCCCGCCUGAACAUCGCCGGAAACCCCAUUUACUGCAACUGCUACCUGCGUCCGCUCAGAGAGUGGACGAUUCGCCGAAAGGUGAAGCUGAUAGGUACGUGUGGAGGGCCAGCGCAUCUCUCAGAAGAGACCCUGGAGGCCGUGUACCCCGCAGAACUGCGCUGUCAAAGCCAGGAGGCCAUGCUAAAGGCGGAGUAUGAGGAGGCCACCAGGAUCCUGCCGCCACCCACCGAGGAGCCGCAGAACAAGAUCAAGUGUCCUCUCAACUGUGUCUGCGAGGCAGAGACCAACCACUCGUCGUGUGAAAACCGUGGCCACACAAAAGUGCCCCGAGGUUUCUCUCCUAACACCAGUCUCCUCGAUCUGCGUGGCAACCACUUCCAUUACCUCCCUAGCAACAGCUUCCCUGGUGUCGCCCAAGUUGUGUCCCUCCAUCUGCAGCGCUGCAAGAUUGUGGAGGUGGAGGGAGGGGCCUUCAGUGGGAUGAAGGGACUGAUAUACCUGUACCUGUCCGAGAACGACCUCACCUCCCUCAGCCCCGAUGCUUUUAAAGGUCUCCCUAAACUGACUUACCUCCACCUUGAGAAGAACCGCUUUGCCGAUUUUCCCAAAGGAGCCUUCAGUGUUGUACCCAGUCUGCUGGCACUUCACUUAGAGAACAACACGAUCGCCAAGCUGGAACCCGGUAUCAUGACCGGGUCCGAGGGCCUUAGAGCCCUUUAUCUGACAGGAAAUGCCAUCAAGGAUGUUUCCCCAAGAGCUCUGGAUAAAGCAAGCGAUCUGGAUACCUUUCACCUUGGGGGAAACAAGCUAAAAGAAGUACCUACCGAAGCUCUGAGCAAGGCUAGGAACAUAAGGGACCUCCGGUUGUCUGAUAAUCCCAUUCGGUGGGUGGGCCCAAAUGCUUUUCAGUCUCUGGGAGGGUCACUAAAGGAGCUGUAUCUGGAUAACAUGGGGCUGGAGAAGAUGUCACAGAACUCUCUGGAAGGUCUGGGUCCAGGGCUGAGAAGUCUGUUCUUGGAAGGCAACCGGCUAGAGGAGGUACCCGACCUCCACUCGUUCACUUUUCUGGAGGUCAUCAAUCUGGCUGAGAACCCUCUCAUGUGCGACUGUCCUCUACUGCCACUUCGCUUGUGGAUUGAGAGAGUUAACCUUAAGGUACGAGCCACCUGUGCCAAUCCUCCUGAAUUGAGGGGUCGAAGGGUCAAGGAUGUACAUGUUUUCAAGGCCUGCCCCGGUGGAGAGAGCCUCCCCGCCCCACCCACUAGCACCCCAAAGCCAGCCAAAGGACCCAAAGUGACCAAAGCCAAACCAACGCACCUAAAUGCCAACCUCAAGCUUCGCAAGAGUCCCACCGUUAAAAAACAGGGAGCCAUGAAGAGAGCCACCCAAACCACGAAGAAGCGCAGCAUGGCCUAAACGGGCUGCCUGUGCUGUGGCAUCUGCAUGGGUGUUUUCAAAUCUGAACUUAAACCUAGACUAAGAUUUAGCUUGUUUCAACAAUGAAUCACACGCCUCUUGCGAGUCAGUUUUGAUUCACCACUUGCCGAGACCUUGCUUUCACUGUCACAACAAGGUUGAAGACUUUGUACAGGAUGGUUUUCACUCUUUUAAUGAUGUUCUUGGCCUUUUUUUUAAGUGAUUUGCACUUUGUGAUACACCCCCAGUGCUCUUAUGAAUUCUUUACUUUGUUGUUGAUGGAGGAUCAAUCGAUAUUUUUUUCCUUUCAUAAGGUGACCCCUUACUUUUAGAUACAUAGGGUUAGUAGUCAAGGACUUAUCUUAGCCAUCCUAUUGACCCCCACCAUUAAGAGCCCCAAGUCUACCAAAAAGAAAAUGACAGGUGGCGCAAAGUAAUGGAACUAUGUUUGAACUUUUUUUGUCCUAAAGGAAAAACAAAACAAGGAAAAACUAAUGCCUUCUUUCUUUGAGGCGCAGGUCUCUUUAUGGGUCAUUUUGAAUGGUCCCCGGAUCCAAAGUUGUUUUGAUCUACAAAAUCAUGUAUACUAUUGUAUAGCCUCUUUGACAGGAGGAGCUCCAAAUAAACAUGUGGCAUCAUAAAGGAGGUCAAAGUCAGCGUCUCCUUUGGUGUGUAAGCAGAUUGGUCCUGACUUCACUCCCACAUCAAAAUCCAGCGUGCCC